AUGGAGGAGCAUCGCUACUCUCACAGAGUGCUCGCCCGAUCGAUCUUGGCGCGCCCGGACGGGGGAGCUGCCCUCGCUGGCCAGACAUUGUGCGUCGGGGGAUGGAUCAAGUCCCGGCGCACGCAUCGCGGCGUUGUUUUCCUGGCUCUCAGCGAUGGAUCGUGUGCUUCGUCUCUCCAGGUGAUCGUCGAUCCCGAGAAGGAGCUCGACACCGAGCAGCUCCACACUGGGAGCUGCUUGCUCGUGAAAGGAGAAUUGGUGCUAUCCCCGGGUAAAGGCCAGGCCGUGGAGCUCCACGCCCGAGAGUUCCUACACGCUGCUCCCGCCGACGCAUCCAAGUAUCCCAUUGCCAAAACAAAGCUUCCGCCAGAGUUUCUAAGGACUGUUCUACAUCUCCGGCCAAGAACAGAUCUAAUAUCGUCCGUCGCUCGCAUUCGCAGCGCUCUCGUGCUCGCCACCCACACAUUCUUCCAGCAGCAGGGAUUCAUCCACGUCCACACGCCAAUCAUCACAACCAGCGACUGCGAGGGCGCCGGCGAGAUGUUCCAAGUCACGACUUUGCUCGCUCCCGAGAAGAGGGAACACCUCGUGGCGUCGACGCAAGACCAGAUCGAUGCUGCCAGGGAAUUGGUCACCCGAUGCGGAGAUACUGUCCGGAAGCUCAAGGAGAAGAAGUCGAGCAGCAAAGCGGAGAUCGGCGACGCCGUGAAACAGCUCAAAGCGGCCAAAGACGAAGAAGCCAGGCUCGUCAAACGGGCCGAGGACGGGGGUGCUGACUACUCGGCCGAUUUCUUUGGGCGACCAGCGUUCCUGACAGUCUCUGGCCAGCUCCAAGCUGAGACGUACGCUUGCGCUCUUAGCAACGUUUACACUUUCGGCCCGACGUUUCGAGCGGAGCAGUCUCAUACAUCCCGGCAUUUGGCAGAGUUUCUGAUGGUGGAACCGGAGCUUGCAUUUGCGGAGCUCAAGGAUGAUAUGGACUGUGCGGAAGACUACGUGAAAUUCAUGUGCCAGUGGUUACUGGAUCGCUGUUACGAUGAUAUCAAGCUUAUGGACGACAAGCUCACUGAGAGCGGUGCCUUGGAGCGGCUCCAGAACGUUGUCAGCGCUCCGUUCGCGAGGAUAACUUACACACAAGCAAUCGAGAUGCUAAAGGAGGUGAAAGACUUUACCUUCGAAACUCCAGUGGAAUGGGGAAUGGAUUUAGCAUCCGAGCACGAAAGAUAUCUCGCAGAGCAGCUCUUCCAAAAGCCCGUCUUUGUAUACGACUAUCCAAAGGCAAUCAAGGCGUUCUACAUGCGAGUUAACGACGAUGGCCAGACCGUGGCAGCCAUGGACAUGCUCGUGCCAAAGGUCGGCGAGCUUGUGGGAGGGAGCCAGAGAGAGGAGAGAUACGAGGUGCUCGUCCAAAGGCUAGAAGAACUAGAGCUGCCACUGGAUUCAUACGAGUGGUACUUGGAUUUGCGACGCUAUGGAAGCGUGAAGCACUCGGGAUUUGGGCUGGGAUUCGAGAGGAUGCUCCUCUUCGUCACAGGACUAGAGAACAUCAGGGAUGUGAUACCAUUUCCCAGAUCUACUGGAAAGGCCGAGUUAUAAUAUUGCAUUUUUAAGUUCUUUUAUAGUUCUACUA